AAUUAGCAGCGAAAACAGAGAGAGAGAGAGAGAGAGAGAGAGAGAGAGAGAGAGAGAGAGGUGAGGUAGAUGUGACAGGAUGUGGUUUUCCAGAGCUUGCAGAACAUCAGCGAGGCAUACUUUGAGCAUGAAGCAGACAGUUUUCUGCACUCCUUUAGCUGAGUGAGUCGCCUGAGAGAAAACAACUCGCCACCAGAGCUACUGAUUCCCUCCACAUAUCAGACUGCUCCUGCUCGCUUGUUUCUCUUUUCUCCUGCCACCAGCUCCUUGUUCCAGCUGUGUCAAGAGGACCUGCGUCAGGAGUCUCAGUGGAUAGGAGCAUCUCUUACUGUGCUCUUCUCCUGUCAGUGGAAUGAAUAUCUCUUUUGAAACAGCUGGUCCAGUUGCUUUCUCCUGAUCUCAACAGUCAACUUUCAGACCCCGGUGUGGUUCACAGCUUCUAAACAGGGUGCACAAACACACUCUGGAGAGAUGGGGUGUGGACUGAGAAAGCUGAAGCCGUCCGAGGAGAACAGUCCAGGGAAGAUCUAUUCCACACUGAAGAGACCUCAGGUGGAGACCAAGGUGGGGGUGGCCUACACGUACCGCUUCCUGGACUUCCUCAUAGGGAAAGAUGAUGGCACAUCCACCCUGCGCCUCGUUUCAGUGAGGGAACUUCCCUCCCAGCUCCAAGACCUCUACCAGCAAGGCUUUGUACUGGCAGCAGUCCACCCUUUCAUCCAUCCCUGUGGACCUGACACAACCAGCACCCAGCAUCAACUGUACCGGGCUGUACUUUCUCGACUCAACGAGGGAAGUGAUAAGAGCCAGUCCCUCCCUGCAGCUUCCUACCGGCUGCAGCUUGAGGAGUGUCUGCCUGGUGACCAGGUGCCCACCCCUGAGCUCAUUCAGGGCUACGUAAAGAAACAGAUCCAGGAUGCGGCUGACCAGGGCAUCACAUUUGUGGGCUUUAUCCAGGAGCCUCGAGGAGCCCCUGCCAACAAGAUCCACUUAGAACCAGAAACCCCUUCGCUCUCCCUCCACUCCAGCCCCAGCUCAAUGCUCGGCUCCCUAAGCAGCGGAAGCCCCCUAACCCCCAGGAACCAUGGAGAACGAAGCUCCCCGGAUCAGGAGAACAUGGAGGCUCCAAACUCCCCAUGUAAGGUGCAGGGGGAGAGCUUGCCUGGGACCCCUGGGAUGAGUGGGCUUACUGGGGUGGAUGUCAACCAUGAUGGAGGUUCCUCUCAGGCUGUAUCGCCAUCCUCAGAAGAACAAAGCCAAGAAGAGAUAGAGGAGGACACACUGACACACAACAACAACAAGACAAAUACCACAGGACCAAAGGAGAAACCGAGUCUGUAUACCAAAAGAAACGGGAUGGAGCUUCUUGCCCUGUUCAACCACCCGGCGGUCCGUGAAAGCCAGUUGAAGUAUUACACCGUCAAAGUGCCUCUGAGGGUUCAGCUCCGCGGUGAGGGGGUCAAAGGGGUGGAGGCCAACUGGUUGGAUCACAUGACUCAGCACUUCAACAAUGGAGCUUCGCUUGUCGAUGGAUACUUCCACCUGGGCAACGAUAAUGAUUUGCUGCCUAAGUCGGUGGAAAGCGUCUUCAUCUUCCAAGAGGCAACAGAGGGGGAGUCGAACACCACCACCACCUAUGACGCCAUCGUGGUUGAGCAGUGGACCAUCAUCCACGGUUUGCAGGUGAAGACAGACUACGUUCCAUUACUUCAGUCUCUAGCCAUGUAUGGGUGGAGACUCACCUGUGUGCUGCCUACACCUAUCAUCAAGACUAACAGUGAUGGAAGUCUGUCCACCAAACAGAUAGUGUUUCUACAGAGACCUGUCUUGCCUCGCAGGAGUAGGGAAUCUAAGAAACUGAUCUUUAAAAACAGGAGCAAGUCCCACAAGAACUCUGUCAAAGAUGUGCCAAAGACUAAAAAGAAGAAAAACAAGCCAUCAGAAGGAGAGAAAGAGCUGGAAGACCCUAAGAUUCUUGAGGAUGGGGAGAAAUUUGUGGAAGAGGAGAGCCAGAGCUUGGACGAAAAGGAGGACAUAGAAGAGAGAGUAAAGAAAACAGAAGUAGAAACUGAAUGGAAAGAGGCGGUGGCAGCAGAGGAGCGGAAGACUGAGAAUGGAACUAAAAGUGGACUUGAAACUGGGGAAGAGAUGGAUGGGGAUGUAGGAACAGAGGUGAGAGUAGGAAAGGACAAGAGAGCAGAGGAACAAGCCAAAGGAAUGGCAAACACUAACCAGAAACAAGAAGGACAGAUGACUCGUGUAGAAAAUGGUGGUGUUGAGGAUGCAACCGAAAUGGUCAUUGUGACUGAGGGAGUAGAGGAGACUAAAGAUGAAAUAUUUAAAACAGAAGAAAUUGAAAUAGAGGAAGUGAAAGAAAAUGGGGUAGAGACUGACAAAGAAAAAGAUGGAGAUGGAGAGAGUACAAAAUCAAAGAAUUUUGCCAUGCAACAAGACACACCCAAACAGGAAGAACCACUAGUUCAGGAAGAGGUCCAAGAGGAAAUGUUUGUUGAUGGACAUGUCACAGUGACCAAUCAAAGCCCUGAAAAAACUUUAGGAACAGCAGAGUAGACCUCAUCUUCAGACCAUAGCAGACACCCAACAAUUGGUCCAAUUCCUCCAAACACCAUAACUUGAGGAGGUCAUUCAAUCUCUGGGACAUGCCUAGGGGUGUCACAAUAUACCGGUAUUGACAAUAACCGUUAUAUUCAAAAAUGAAAUAUUGAUAACAUGUUAAUAAUACACAUGAUAAUACCAUGAAAAUAAACCAGCGCAAUUUAUAAUUUUAUAAUUUUAGAUUUUUUCUGUUCAACAUUGUAAUAACAUAUUUUGAGUUUAAGUGUAAUUAAUUUGCAAAAAAAGAGACAACACAUACAAUAAAUAUAUCUUUUUAAAAUGUUCUAUAGACAUCGCAAUAAUAUCGUUAUCGUAAAUUAUUUCGGCCACGAUAAUCAUGUAGUGAAAUUCAAAUAUCGUGACAGCCCUAGACAUGCCACUAUCUAUUGGAAGGACAGUUGAAGCUUAUGUCACUGCAACAUUCAUCUCCCUUAUUCUCCAGACCAUUUUGCCUCCCCAGAAGAAAUCUCCUUCUCCAAUCUGCCUUUAUGAUAGCCUCCCACAUACACCCUACUGUAUACUCACAUGCUGAAUGUAUAUAAUUAAUGAUAGAGGAGAAGAUUGUAAAGGAUGCCUAUACCCAAACUACUGGAAUUAAUUGAGUUUUCUUAAUCAUUAGGGUCAUUGGGUUUAAAAUGUACAGACUUGCUACUGCUUAUGUCCUGGUCCUAUGCUGUAAUAUACUCAAAUUAUUGUGUAAAUCAGAAUAUGAAAGACAAAAACAGGGGUAAAGAUAAUGGUUAUUGUUGCUACAGUCAAUCCGGUAAAUGGUGAAUAUACUGUAUCUCUUUGUCUUUGUGCCCUUGCCAUUCAAGUGCUAUAGAUCAAUACUGAUAAUCAUUCUGAUUGUCUUGCCAGGAGUGGCAACUUCACAUUGCCUCCUUAAUGGGUCCUUAUGUUUCAGCAGGUCAAGCGUUCAGUACUAUGAUUCCUCUGAAGGAGGGUUUAGGUAUAGUUAAGGCUCUAAUCAUAUUCAACCUAACAUUCCAGUCAAUGGUAUAUCACACAGGUCUUGCAGAUAAAGAAGUCUGUUGUAAGGACCAAGACCUUUGACAGACGAAAUGAGCGAGAGAGAGAGAGAGAGAGAGAGAGAGAGAGAGAGAGAGAGAGAGAGAGAGAGAGAGAGAGAGAGAGAGAGAGAGAGAGAGAGGAGAGAGCGUACAAGACGUUGGUCAAAUAUAAAAGAUAAAUUGCCUACUUUAAUUUUGAACAGGUCUUUUGAAUGGCCAUUUCUCACCUAUUUUGCUUUGAUAUUUCACCUCCAGCUCUUUUAAGAAGCUCUUUGCGGCAUCAUUUCUGACAAUAAAGAAAUCCUAAUGUACCCUUUCAUGGUAUCAUGUUGUGUUCCAUUUUAACAGCUGUCUGCAUUGACACUACAGCACAGUCAUUAGCAGGCUAAUGGAUUUUAUCAACGGGGUAUCUGUCAGAAGUCAUAUACAGUUAUAAUCUGGACUCAUUUAUGGACCAAUUGACAGUAACCCAACUCACCUUGUCAAACACAUGACUCUUCAUGUUAACGGUGAUUGUCAUAGGCAUGAUUCUAAUUGUUGCCAAGCUAGGUUGGUGUGAGAUGUGCGUAGCUUUUCAGAUGAAUGGGGUUCUUUUGGAAAUGCGGUCAGUUUUUGUAUUUAUUACCAUCUGACAGUUCUAGACUGUUUCAUGUGAACACCGAUGUAUUGUAUAGAGUAGAAUUCCAAACUGUUGCCAGGAUAGCCUUGCCAAAUGUGGCCCUAAUAGUCCAUUGAAAGUGUUGUAGAGGUCAUUACUUUGUGUUGUCGUCUUAUUAAAGAGCGUUGCAUUCAGUGUUUUUAGGUAAAUGGAAGGUAAAAUCUAUGUUUUCUGAGGUGAGGUCUGAGUUGUUAGCUUAACACGUUUUUAAAAAGUAAUGUUUUUUAAUUUAAAGGUGAAGUUGUCUGCCUUCGACUUUUACAACCAGUGUUUGGGAUUUGAUUUGGAAGUACAGGUUCUGUGUACUGUAAUGCUGUCGUGCUUAAGCUUGCUAAAAGGUGUUUCUGAUGGAUGCUGUUAGCUACCCCUUUGAGGAUUGACAUGGGGUUUUUAGCUCUGGGGGUCAUUAUUUCUGACCCUUUUCACCAUAUGCUUCUUGUCCUCCUGGCCCGAGAUGAUGGAGUGCUGGAUCCUGUGAGCAUGAGGUCAUAAAUAAUGGCAGAAAGGUCAGGGGUCAUGAUGGAGCUCAAAUUGAUUUUCCACAAGUGGAAGGGGUUGAAGUAUACAGGACUUUGCCUAAGCAAUGGAAAAUACCCAUCAUGAUAUCAAGUCUGGGUGAUCUCUUAUUGGAACAUUAUUUGUGGUAUUAUUGUAUUGCUGUUCCUAUCUUUCUAAAACAUUUUGCUUCAGACUGUAUGAGCCUUAAAAAGCACUUUUUGUUUUUGCCAAACAUUUUGUUUAGCCAUUUUGGAUUACAGAUUAUUAUUAUUAUCAUUAACAACUACAGCUCAGUAUUUAGUUGAUACAAAGAUUAAAAGUAUAAAAAUGACAGUGAAAAACAAUUUUGUGAUGAUGAAGAUUAUCAGGAAUAUUUGAAAGAUUUCCCAGUUGCAUUUCAUCAAGUUUUUUUAGGAAUGCUAUCAUUCUUCUCAUUGUGAAUGUCAGUUGAACGGCAAUCACGUUUUAUAAAAUAAAUUACUGAUUCAUUUGUUUCAGAACGCUGUUUUUCAUAUCACAAAUUCAAUUUGUGUAGAUCCUUUUUCAUUUUUCAUAUCUUUGACAGGUAUUCCCCUUUGACAUUAUUGAACACUGGAAUGGAAUUGCCUGAACAAACAUAAUGUUAAUUUAGUAACUGGGGUAAAGUUGAGCCAACCAGUUAUGGGUGAUCUCAUACUUUAUAUCAUAGCACAUUUUUGAACGCCUACAGGAGUCCGGUUUGACGUUCAUUACAAUGUACAACAAUGACCUUCAAAGAAUUGGGGUCAAAUUACACCAGGUCCUGUAUCCGUCUAUACCACCCGGGGUCAGCACCCCCAUGGUCUUGUCUCUGGCUGUUAAGGAAUGAUUGGCUGUUUUAGAUAGAGUCCUGGGAUUGGGACAUGAACAAAUUAUUAUGGAGAGGGAGUAAAGCAGGAUCUGGAACUUCAUCAGUUAAAUUAUACUGAACCAUGUUUACUUGCCCUGUCGUAACAGGACCAAGACCUGUGACUAAUGUUAGAGCUUUUCAGCUUUGUCUAUAAUCUUAUACAAACUUAUGUAAAAAGCUAAUAUGCUGUUUCCUGUCUUAUGUAACCACAACUGUCUGAAGCUCGGCAGUGGAGCAAUUGUUCUGGGGUAACACUGUGCAAAUACAUUUUUGUGUGCUAGGUUGUGAAAUGGACAGAUGAGAAAUUACAUGACAAAAUACAAUAGGAUGGCAAAUCAUUUUAAAAGUUGUUUUGGUUUCUAGACAAUGUAUUUGUAUUUUCAUCUGAUGUUGCUGUUUUCCUCACCUCGGCUGUCUUCUUGAAUGUUGAGUAUCUUUGUUCAUCGUCAAUGCUGGCAUUACAUGUAAGGAACAAUAUUUUUUAUCUUUGCUAUCAUGGAAAGUGUUUGCAUUUGUAUUGUUCAUGACAUCUGUACAAUUUGUAUAUUAUAAAAUAAUUUAUAUUUAAUGUGUAAAUGUGUUGUUUAUUUU